AUGGCAGGAAUUGAUUUUGAGGAUUUGUUACCGGUAAUCGCGAAUAAGCUAGGUGGUGAAGGCUUAAUGAAGGAACUAAGUAAUGGGUUUGAGUUACUUAUGGACAAAGAGAAAGGUGUGAUAACUUUGGAGAGUUUAAGGAAAAACUCAGCAUUGAUGGGUUUGGAGGAUUUGAAGGAAGAUGAAGUUGUGAGCAUGAUGAGACAAGGUGAUGUUGACGGCGAUGGUGUACUCAGUGAGAUGGAGUUUUGUGUUUUGAUGUUUAGAUUAAGUCCUCGGUUAAUGGAGGAAUCAUGGUCUUUGCUCGAACAGGCACUGCAACAUGAACUCAACAAUCAGGAUUCGUAA